AUGACAUCAGACCGUCACCAUUCAUCACCAAGACAGAGCAGAUGGCAUCUUCUGUGGACGUACGCAUACAUUGCUGUAGCAGUACUGCCAGGAUCAGCAGGAAAGAAGUUCGCUUGCGGUAAAGGGCCACAUAAGCUAGAAAACGUCGACCUAGACAUCUACGUGACAGAAGGAACGGCCACCGUUCUUACAACGAAAAACAUUUCACAGUUAGCAGUUCAGCAUAUACGCUGGUGGACCGAACCAGACACCAAACAAUCCGCGUUUGACCGUCACACCGUCAUGACAGAGACCAACACCCACGCGACACUAACGAUGAGACAAGAAUUGAAUGACGUCAAGGUCGGAUACUGCGUGCAAUACACAAAGACAAACGGCCAAACAGCCACUUUCACUAGUCGCUCAGCGACGCUAAAGUUAGGCGGUAAGCAUUACCUGCAUGUUUUACGCCAAAUAAACGCUUUUCGUCAUUGCAACCCAUUCCGUGCAGAUGCCCGCAUGCACCCAGUAAAAGACAAUACACAAAACACGAGUCUAGUCAGAGGUCUCAGUCAAACCAUCGUUCCUGUGUCGUGUUUCAACGCAACCAAUGGGCCACUACGUAGUAUAAUAACGACGAACGUAAGCAUAAAAAACAAUCUAUAUCCAACGCGUCAAGACCAAUUCACACUGGACGGCGACUGUGUCGAGAUGGGACCGCUGAUAAAAGGUUACACAGGGUACGUUUACGUGGUGACGGUAGAGAAUUGCUUCUCGACGACGGCAGAUAUUCGAUUUCUUCUGCAAGUCGAAGCUUCUACAACUCUUCCUCCCAGGGCCAUAAGCCAUGAACACGAGACGGAAGAACCCACCGUUCAGCAGCUAUCAGCCGGUGUACAGAGUCCUGCCAUCCAAAUCACCUCAAUCAAAGUAGGACAAAAACAUCAAACCAGUACCUCAACCAUCGUUAUCUACGCCAAUAUAAACUGCCAAGUAACAGUAGCCUACAACAUCUCAGGAACACAUUGCCACGUAACAGUCCAACGGAACAAACACACCAUCAAAACAUCAAACAGAAUUCUCAUUUCGCUAUCCAAUUUUACGAUUUCCCCGGUAACUACAACCGAUUUCGGAAACUACACAUUGACAGUUCGAAACGAGAAUGGAGCGUCUACCACAGAGUUUACCAUUAAACAACUCAACGCAACAAACCACUCACCCACACGAGCACCCAUGUCUUCCACCACAAACAGAAAUAGUUCACAAUCAAUAUUGACAGAGCAAGAUGAAAUCGCUAGCAGAAAACCACAGACUGAAAAGAAAGACAAGACAGGAAGAAUUACAACGCCAUACCAUAGAAAACCUGAUCGUUUGUUACCUGAAAAAUAUUCUUUGCCAAAAGAUAAUUCAACUGUCUCGGCUGUGGCCUACACAACACCUACAUUGAAUGAUGCAGUGGCAACCAGGACUUCAGGUGUACCAGUCUGGACUGUGACUACGUUUGUACUGACAUUUUUGUUGGUCACCGUUAUCGUAACAGUCAUCAUAUACAAAUGCAGGAAGAGAGCAUGUCGGUGCAUUACACGAUACAAGAGUAAACACAGAGGGUAUUAUUGGACUGUUGAACCAAGUCAGUCUAAUACAACAAACAAUUAUGAUGUGCUAUCCAGCAUCGACUUCAACAAUGCCAUCAUAUCAUCUGAAACAGGAGAGACCAACACCGACAUCAUCAGUCAACCUAAUCGUCAGAUAUCCUCGCCCACGUCGACGACUGACCAACCACUCUACCUGCCAAACGCACUCCACACAUCUACAAACCAGGAACAAGUCACCACAUCAUCACAACCCAACAAAUCAGCAACACACAACCACGAACAACCAAAUCCCACAUACCAAACGAUACACGAACACACAGAGGUCACACAACGAGCGGCAUGUCCUGCAUCUCAACCCAACACCCAUCAGAGUACAGAAACAAGAACCAAUACCAAAACCGUGUGCAGUGAACAAAAUGAAAACGACCGAAUAAUUUACAGUGAGAUAAAACAAAAGACUGCAAGCAAUAAAACAGCAAGCAAACAUCCGACGUCAUCAUCUCACGACUAUGCAGAGAUCGACUUUGAUUCGCCAGCUACAGCAACAAAUUCAAAAAUUAGACCAAGAAGUCACACCGUGCAGUAUUACAAACGAGAAAGCGUCAACGAAUGCAACGACCCUGUUGCAUAUGCCACGCUAGAAGAUAUGAACACGAUGAAGGAAAACACCAGAGAGAGAAGUCAAACUACACUGGUAACCGUGUCUGAUCUGUCUUCUCUUUACGCCAAAGUAAACAAGACGCGAUCUUCUUCUCUAUCAGUGCCUCACAAAUUCCACUCGACUACGAAUCCCAACCUACAAAAGAACGACACAAGACAAAUCAUUCAUUCUGCCUCAGCGUCCUCACCCAGUCUAUCACAAACUGUGCACAAUCACAGUCAACAUACAAACUCCAUGAGCAAAGACACUAACCAUCAAAUAGAAACAUGGAGACCUAAACCUCCGGUUAAGCCAAAACCAUAUGGGCUAUCACAGCUAGUUGCUGCUUCAAACAAAGUGUGCAAAGAUCCCGUUGAGUCCAAAAGACAAAAACAUAGUAACCACAUCGUGAAAUAAUACCACAAGCAGCAAUCACAAAUAUAUUGGAAGACUGUAUAAUGGCUGGUGUUAGAUAGUUUGUAAUCUUGUUUUUAGAAAGAGCGAUGAACUAUUGUCUAGUGUCUAUAGAUCAAAACAUUAACUAUUUUAUAUGAAUUCUGAUAUAGUGAUGCUGUUUUAAUCUGUCCACGUUAACUUAGUGUUUCAGUUCAUAUUUUCAA